GUCAAAUUCAACGAGAUACCUCAUUUCCCGUCCCGACUUGAGAAUCUCCUCAAAACACCGCCAAAAUGGUCCGCACUUCCGUUCUCCACGACGCUCUCAACUCCAUCAACAAUGCCGAGAAGGCUGGCAAGCGUCAGGUCAUGAUCCGACCUUCCUCCAAGGUCAUCAUCAAGUUCCUCCAGGUCAUGCAGCGCCACGGUUACAUUGGCGAGUUCGAGGAGGUCGAUGACCACCGCUCCGGCAAGAUUGUCGUCCAGCUCAACGGCCGCCUCAACAAGACCGGUGUCAUCUCCCCCCGCUACAACGUCCGCCUCUCCGAGCUCGAGAAGUGGGUUGUCAAGCUGCUCCCUGCCCGUCAGUUCGGCUACGUCAUCCUGACCACCUCUGCCGGUAUCAUGGACCACGAGGAGGCCCGACGCAAGCACGUCUCUGGCAAGAUCAUUGGCUUCUUCUACUAAACGGGACGGGUAACCAAAAAAAGUUUUUGAGGGAAAAGAGUCUGGCAUUCUCGGCGUUGGGGGGGAUUAUGAUGACAAUGACCGAUGCGAUACCAUAGCUAUGGAGCUGGUCGCACACGCGAGCACUAGAAUUGAACCUUGACGAGAUGCUCAG